AUGAACAUGGAGCUUUUAUCCGUCAUCGUAACAUCUUCCGCCAAGGACAUGCUGCGCAUCGUUCGUGUUGAUCGUUGUGAUCUGUCUAUCCUCAUAGACGUAGUUCUGUCUCGCCCAAACUUCUUCCUUGAUCCUGGAACACCUCGUUUUACAUGCAUAGUAAGGAUGAGGCAGUCCUUCACACCUCGAAACAUUGCUGCCGGAUUUUUGUACUGCUUGCUAGCAAAAUGA